AUGCUUACCCAAGAGCUACAGCGUCUGGGCCGGGAGUUGUCAUCCUUGGACAGAAUAUCUGAGGGAGAGGAGGGAUCAGAACUGGAAGGCACAACCCAGAUCAACCAACUGAACAUUGUGCUUUCCUUUGUGACCAUGGCACAGAAACCACUGACGGUCACUCAGCUGGAGGCCAUUCUGGAGAUUAUCUUCAGAGAAGAAGUUUUGAACCUGGAGGAUGACCUUUGCUUACCUGAGAUGGAAGCUGAUGACAGAUUACCUUUAGUUAUUCUACAACUGUUGAUAUUCUACAACAACAUGUUGGCAUAUUACACCUCUGAGAAUAUUAACUCUCGUGAAAACACGCCUAUGGAUAUGCAACUGUACCAUAGCCAAGUUUACAAAAUUUUUGCUGCUGCUGAGAUUUAUAAGUUUCAGCAGACGCUGCUCUGGCAUGUUAGAGUCGCCCAAGCACUGCUGUUGAAUGGUCAUCUACAAGAGGCUCAGGGACAAUUUCAGAUUGCAUUGGAAGAGCACAAGAGUGCUCCCACCUUCGACCAGCUCUUGCUAUUUAUUAUUUACAGGGACAUGGCGCGUGCAUGCAGUGAUAUUAGAAGGCAUGGAGAGGCACUGGAACACCAUGAACUAUCAGAGCAACUUGAGUCACUGUUGGCUCAAUUGCAACAUAAUGCAAGGAGGACAGCCGACGCCGUCAAAACAGCCAACGAGGCAUAG